CGUGGUCGACAGGCGUUGGAUUAUCCUUUCUCUGCCCUGCUUCCUAAAUCUUCACAUUCCACUCUGAAUCAGUGAGGCGUUGUUUCUUUUCCUCCACAGAAGCGUCUCCCCCAUAAAAACACUUGGAAAUCAUUAAUAAGUAUAAAGGAAACGAGAACAAUCACCUCUUCUUCUCUUCAUCCCAUUGAAGGGAAAGGAGGCAGAGGCAGCAUUUUCGAGUGCAUCAGAAAGAUGGCCACAGCAGUGAUCUCUCCCGCUGCAACCCUUCCCUCAUCCUCCUCUUCUUCCUCAAGAAGAACGCGAGCAAACAGCGGGCUCAGUUCUGCACCUUUCUAUCCUACAUUUCAUGAGGGACAGAAGGAGGGCAGAAGCAGAAGCAGCUUCUACGGGCGUGGGUUGUCCAUCAAUGGCGAUGGGCAGAUGAGGGUAGUGUUGCUGCGGAAGGAGGGGAAAGGUUUGGGGAGGAGAAACGGAUCGGGUGGCGGCCUGGAGGUAAGGGCGAGGACGGCAGGGGCGUCCAAGAACAUAGAGGUGGAGGUCGACAAGCCCCUCGGCCUCACCCUCGGCCAGAAGCCCGGCGGUGGCGUCGUCAUCACGGCGGUGGAUGGCGGGGGAAACGCGGCGAAGGCAGGGCUGAAGGCCGGUGAUCAGGUGCUUUACACGAGCAGCUUUUUCGGCGACGAACUCUGGCCUGCCGACAAGCUGGGAUUUACCAAAACGGCCAUCCAGGCCAAGCCAGACUCCGUCUACUUCGUGAUCAGCAGGGGCGCGGAGGUAGACGUGAAGCGAUUGCCCAAGAGGCCAGCUCCUCCCAGGUUCGGACGGAAGUUAACAGAAGCGCAAAAGGCUCGAGCCACACACAUCUGUCUGGACUGCGGUUUCAUCUACACGCUGCAGAAACCUUUUGACGAACAGCCGGAAAACUACAUUUGCCCUCAGUGCUCAGCUCCUAAGAAACGGUUCGCUCGGUAUGAUGUCAACACUGGAAGGGCGAUCGGCGGUGGACUGCCUCCUAUCGGAGUGAUUGUUGGUCUUGUUGCUGGCAUUGCUGGUGUUGGAGCUUUGCUUGUUUAUGGACUUCAAUAGGAGCUAGAAUCGUGUCAAUCUCUUCCACGAGAUUGUUAAUAUGUUUCCAAUCGUUUCUUGCCAGAGGCCUGCUGGCAACCAGUCGCCUGAGCUUGUUUCUGGCUCUCUCAAUUUAUUAACAGGGCUCGAAAUUGUGAGAUUAUGAAAAUGAUCUAUUUACAUGUA